CUCAGAUUUGAAGUUGUCUAAAACCCCUAAAAUUCGUAGUGUACAAGUAGUCCGACCUUAUAACAGUGCGAUGUUCAUUGGGUUUCAAUGGACUCUUGAGAACCCCAUAAGCAAAUUUGGAGAUGCAAUCUAAGAAGGAACAGAGAGGGACAAGAUUAUAGAUUUUCUGGGGAGUCCUGCUUGUUUGGUACGUGCUCGUUUUGGGUCUUAAACGUUAUGGAUGGUAAAUUUGAAAACUGGCUCAGUAACAACUCAGCUCAUGAUGCUAAGGACAAAGUACUGGUCCCAAAUUGUGUGAUCUCAGGGGGAAUUAGGUUCCAUCCGGAUGUAGAGGCCUUGUCGAGCAUAGAAGAUAGAGACCCAUUAGGCAAUGCUUCAGAGUCUGCAAGUUGUAAUGCUCACUUGGAGAAAAGGGAUGCUAUGAUGAAAUUGUGGCAAGAAAUGAAACAGAAUGGUUUCCUCUUGCCACCUGCAUGCACACCAGCUCCAGGAAAGGAUGCCAUGAAGCACAGACAUGACAUGGCUAGUAGAAAAAAAAAGGUUGCAAAGAUAGAACAACAGGUUAAUAGGUUCACUAAGGUUGUUGCACCAAGUGGGUUGCUGGAAGAACUGAACCCUGGGAUCAUAAACCGCCUAAGAAACAGCAAACAUGUCUAUUCAGUAAUUGGGGCCUUGGUUAGAGGUGAAAAGUUAGAAAAUACUCGAAGCAUGCAGCAAAGCCGGUUUAAAAAGAAAAUUAGGGAUAAUGAUUUGAAUGAACGUUCGAAUACUCUAUCAGGUGGCAGUCAAGUCAGUGGAUACCUUAUGUGCCAGAGUAGGCCUAUGCAUAUCAAUUCAGAACAUGAAGGAGGGGUGGCUUGUGAUUUGAGUGUAGCGGUGAGAAAGGGUGAAGAUCAUGGGGAUGACAAACAUGAAGUAAGGUCAUGGUCGUUUGAGAAUACGGCUUCAGAGAAUGUGAAAUCUGAUUAUGAAACCGUGUCAACAGAGAAUACAAGUUCUCAAGAAGAGUCAGCAGAGACUGCAAUGGAUUCUCCUUUUGAUCCCAAAGCUUCUCAAUGGUUGGGACUCCUUUGCCAGGACAUUAGAGCACGCCUUGCAGCAUUAAGGUGUAGUAGGAUGAGGGUUCAGGAUGUACUCCAACAAGAACUGCCUUUUCUAAUAUCGAAAGAGUUCUCAUCUAUCAAAAAAGAUGACCAAUUCUCUGCUGUUGAAUGUCCCAUAAGUAUAAUUGCUUGCUCGCAUCAAGUGAAGUGGACUGCACUGUUUGGUCAGAUGGAUGAAGCACUUCAGGAGGAAAUGAAUCAUCUAGAGAUCUGGUUGAACCAAGUAGAAGAAAUGCACACGCGGGCAAUGUGUGCCGCAUUUCAAUUGUAAUGCAAGAAAUGAUAUCAGCAUCAGGCAUAUCAGAGUGUAAUACCACCUGCUGCUUGAGGUUCCUACAGAAUUGUUCUUAACUCUGUCUGAACUGCCAAAUCUUUCAUUAAGAGUUCUUCCUGAAAUUCAUUU